GGAGUGCUUACCGUAGCCGCUGGGCAGGGCAGUCUGAGGUCCUGGGGACUGCUGGGGUUGGCUCAGGGGUCUUCGGACCUGCACGGAGGCUGGAGAUGUCAGGUUCUCAGACUCUUGGGCACCCAGGUGCCUCUGGGAGCCGCAGAAGAGCUGAGAACAGAGUGGGGGACCAUGGGCUGUGUCUACCCCGGGCCAAAGGGGGAAGGAGGGGAGCUCUAGCUGGAGCUCCACAAGGAGGAGAGUCCUUGGCUUGUCCAUCGGUUGGCUUGGCUUGGCUUGGUGGAGGCCUUAGCUGGGGGCGUUGAGAGGCCUUCUGUGAAGAUUAAGAGCUGGCUUUUUUAGAUGAAGGCCUAUUCCACAGCUCCCCACAGCGGAUCCUGAUGAAAAGAGACAGUCCAUGGUUUUUAAGGCAUUUAUUGUCAUGGUGGAGAGCAGCGAUGAGUAAACCGUACCCCUUUCUCAGGGUGGGCCUGAAGUUACAAACCUUUGGCAGGGAGGAGUGUCUGGGAAGGGGAGUGACUGAUGGCCACAGACCUAUGGAGAGCUGCAGCCUCCUGUCAGGAGCCUGGUGUCCAGGAGCAUGGCAAAACGACUACUGUCUCUUGCAGGCUUAUCUCCUGUCGGGUCACCUGUGAGGUCACUGGGGUGUCAAACCUAGCUCAACCAGAAACCAGGCUGCCUUUCACAGUCCUACACUGCCCUCCUAAAGGCUGAGAUCAUGGGUGUGCCUCACCACAUCCAGCCUGGUUUGGCUUUUGAGAGGAUUUUGUGUGUAGUCCAAGCUGGACCUGAACUCCAGAUCUCCUGCCUCAGUUGGGCUAACUAGCAUGUGCCCCACGCCCAGCUGUCACCGUCAGCCCCCAGGGACCUUCCAGCCUUUUGCUUCUCCCAGCUCUUCUACAGGUUAGGUGUCUUCCUACCCAGAAAGCCUUCUCUGACAUGAACUGAAGCGGACGGUACUAUACUGAGGCAUGGUUUGCAACUGGACCCUGACCCAGACCAGGAAGGAAACCUGCACCAUGUGGUUACUAACUGCUCUUCAUUUACCUAUUGAUGCCUCCCAAGAAGAGACGCAGACAGUCCCAGAAAGCCCAGCUGCUAUUCCACCAACAGCCACUGGAGGGCCCCAAACACCAUUAUGAAUCUCGCCAGCAGCCCAUUACCCACACUGUACAGGUGCCCAGCAAGCCCAUUGAUCAGAGCACCGUCACUUCCUGGGUAUUACCUCAGUUUGAUAUAACAGCAGAAAGCCGGUUUCCAAUACACCGGAAACAUCAUCGAGACCAGGCAAGACACCCAACUCGGAGAUCUACCUGCAAGUUUCCACGUCUAACCUUUGAGAGUCCGCAGUCUUCUAAUUCAGAGACAUUGUUGAUAUCCAACAGAGAGCAGCCCCUGAACUCAGAAAAAGACACGCCCAGAAGGCCUUUAGUGCCGUUGUUCAGUCCCCAGAGUGGUGGAGAACUGUCAGUGCACGUACCUCAAAGCUUACCUCAUGUGUUCACACCCCCUGAUAUUCAGACCCCGGGGUCUUCUGUAAGAGAAGAUCCCAUUUCCCCAGACCAGAAGGAAAACAGUCUUCCAAGCUGCAUCCUUGGCCCUAGGACUCCCAGCAGCCCAGAGCCAGGGCCUGUUCUGGUCAAGGAUACCCCAGAGGAGAAGUAUGGGAUUAAGGUCACGUGGAGACGCAGAAGGCACCUGUUUGCCUACCUUAAGGAGAGAGGGAAGCUGGAUAGAAGCCAGUUUCUUGUGAAGACCUGACUGGACUGCACAGCCUUAGUUCAUUCCAAAGCUGCUAUGGGGAGCUUUCUUAGGUGACUUCUGGUUUGAAAGAAUGAAAUGGGACAAACAGCAGUAGGAAGACGACUUAGCCAGGGGCCUAGCGUUGGAAUUCAGUUUCUAGAUCUGCUUUUCAAGCCACCUCGCAUCAGGAACAGUUGAAUUUAGUGUCAUGAACUGUUGGUAUUUUUCUCACAUUGACUGUUUAAACCUCUGAAGUAUCUUGUACUGCUUACAAUGUUUGUAAAUAAAUGGCUGCCCUGAGUUUUUA